UGAUAAUUGUGAUUCAAUAUGAAGAGCGUCUUGGGCAGAAGCUUUACUAGAGCUUAUGCUACGCAGAGCUCGACAGCUCCUAAAAUCUCGUCGACUCUCUUGCUUCUGAGAAACCCAGUUGUAACUGCAGACUUAAACCCAUUCCAAGCCCAAUACUACAAAUACCAGAACGAGUUAUGGCGCAGAUUGAUGUGGACCUUCCCCAAGUGGUUCUAUUUCAGAGUCGGAACGAUUUCGGAGCAGCGUUUCCGUCAACUUAACAAAGAUCCUGUCUCCAACAACCCCGAUAUAGAGUUUCCUAGAGGUAGACCUGAGAUCAGACACCAAAGAGAUAGACGGUUCAAGCAGGAAUUGAGACUUCCAAAGACAUAUAAGGAAGAAGUUGAAGUGGAUGAUGCCGGCGAAGAUACAGGAGCGCCCGGAGCCCCUGCUAAUGACGAUUUGGCUCGUAAGAUUGUACCCAACUCGAGAAUAACCAAGGCAGAUGAAGCCAACGACAAAACCAGUUUGGAAAGAAAGUUAAGUAGAACGUUGUAUUUGGUGAUACGUAACGACAACAACAAGUGGGCUUUGCCCAACUUCGGCGAGAAAACCGAAGAGCUCCAGGCAUUGCAUGAUUUGGCUGAGGAAGGGUUGUACAAAAUUGGAGGAGAACAUAUCAACUACUUCAACGUCUCAAAUACUCCAUGCCACUUAUACAAUAACGAAGUCGAAAACAAGAAGGAAUAUUUCAUCAAAUCCCACAUCUUGUCCGGUGAGUUCGAGCCUCAAGAUAAGUCGUUGCAGUAUCUCUGGUUAACCAAAGAAGAGUUGAAGGAUCACUUAAAUGAGGACUACUAUAAAGAUAUUGCUCAUUUGUUGAACGACGUGUGAAUGAAGCUUGUAUAUAUAUUGUAAAUACAUUCACGUCAAUGCAUGCAUAGGAGAC